AUGAACGAUACUUUCCUACCGCUGAUCCGUGCCUCGACAUAUCCUCAACGCCGCAUUGUCACUGUCACCAGCGGCCUAGGGAUGUUCGGCGUCGCCCUUACGGAAAGCUCUCCAUAUAAUAUCUGGAAGUACAAAGUUCCCGUUUACCGCAGCAGCAAGUCAGCCGUCAAUAUGCUUGCAGCGGUCGACACUAUCAGCCUCCAAAACGAAAAUAUCCCGACUGUUCUCGUCGAGCCGGGGUACUGCCGGACGGCGUUUGGAGGAUUCCACGGCGACAAGGAUGCUGAUCAGGGUGGUAAGGUUAUUGCGCGUGCUGCUGUUGGGGGGGAUAACAAAGAUUUAUUUUUGAAAAUUGUUGAUGAUGAGGGCAAGCAUGCCGAGUUCGGCUGGUAA